UAAACAAUAUUCUGCAUUCAAAAUGUUCCGUUUUGUUGUAUUGACCGCUCUACUUGCCUGCGCUGCCGCAGAUGUUGUCCCAUUGUUGGAUGGGCGCAUUGUUGGCGGUAAGGCUACCACCAUUGAGAGCUACCCACAUCAGAUUUCCUUGAGACGUUCUGGUAGCCACAUUUGCGGAGGAUCCCUCUACAAGGCCAACGUUGUUGUCACUGCUGCCCAUUGCGUCCAAGGAACUUCAGCCUCCGUUCUCACCGUUGUUGCCGGUACCAGUUCCCGUACCUCAGGAGGAACUUCCAUCAAGGUCUCCCAGGUCAAGGUCCAUCCAAGCUACAGCAGUUCUAAAAUCAAUAAUGAUGUCGCUGUCUUGAUUUUGGCCAGUUCAUUCAGCUUGUCCAGCUCAAUUCAACUUAUUGCUCUUGCCAGCUCAGCUCCAGCUGUCGGAUCCGCCGUUGAAGUUACUGGAUGGGGUGCUACCAAGGAAGGAGGUGCUUCCGCUUCAACUCUUCAAGUCGUAAGUGUAAAUGUUGUUAGCAACGCUGACUGCGCUAAGGCUUACGGAAGCAGCGCGAUCACCACAGCUAUGUUGUGCGCUGGUGUUGAUGCUGGUGGUAAGGACGCAUGUCAAGGAGAUUCUGGUGGUCCAUUGAUCCAAGCUGGAAAACUUGUUGGUAUCGUCUCAUGGGGAAGUGGAUGUGCUCGCAAGGGAUAUCCAGGCGUUUAUUCCAACGUUGCUGCUUUGAAAUCCUGGGUUGAAGCCAACGCAUAAACGGAUCGAAAAUGACAUCAAAGCUAUUGGUAUUCAGAUAAAAAAAUCCCAAUUCUCUAAAAUAAAAGCUUAGCAACAAAACGA